AUGUUUGGGGGUUUGAAUGCCUCUAUUGCCUCUCAGUUCGGAAUGGGCCCCGACCGCUCUGUGAAAGAAAUCCUCGCAUCUUUACCCGCAAUGCUUCCAUGGUCCUGGUCCAACCUCAUCAUCUUUAACUUGCACAAUCAACGGGGCCACAUUGCUACUGCUGAAGACAGGAUAAACAAACCAUGGAGGCCAACUCCGUCCAGACGAAUCAGCUCUAAUCAGGCCACUUGGAUAAUGUACUGUAUGUAUCCUGUCAUAUUUGGGGUGUCAUUCACAUCCGGAGGGUUGGGACCUUGCCUCUUUGAGGUAUUUUCCUGUCUGUGGUAUAACGAGUGGGGUGGUGCAUCAGAUCCCUUCCUGAAAAAUCUCCUCAACGGCUUGGGGUUUGCAUGCUGUUUUGCUGGGCCAAUGGAGGUCGCUACAGGUCACUCCAUAUUUUGUGGCCAAGGAAAAGCCGCCUUGUGGCUCCUUGUGUUAGCAGCCACGAUCACAACCACAUCUCAUGCUCAAGACUUUCGAGAUAUGGAAGGAGACAGAGCUUCGGGCCGCAAGACAGUUCCACUUGUCAUUGGAGACGCGAAGGGUAGAGUUCUGCUGGCAGUGGGCAUAUUGGGAUGGACCUUUGUAUUCUGUUGGUUUUGGGGUGUUGGCAUCACGGAAUGGAGAAGAUACAUUGUGGCAUGUUUUUCAGGGUCGGCAAUGGCGGGAAACUUCCUUCGGGAUCGGACUCGGGAGGGGGACACAUUGUCGUGGAAGCUCUUCCACCAUGGGUCGUUGGUGUUUCCCUUUUGCCCCUUCCGAUGA